AUGUCAAACGAAGUUGGAUUCAGCUUUCAGGCCGACGUCGUCAACACCGGGUCUCUUGCCCACAUGCUGACGGGGCGCGUCCUCAAAGCCCUCAGCGACGGCGGUGUCGAUACAUACGCUGUAGCCGCCGCCUUCUGGAUGGGCGCCAAAAUUCCAGUUCGGUCAUCUCUCGCAGACACAGUGCACGCGCAGAUAUCCAAGCGACCCAGCUACCAGUCUGUGCUUUCCAGAGCCCUGAAUAUUGGUUGGGGCCAUUCGACGCCGGUUAUCGAGAUGACGCGGACGCGGGCCGGGACAAAUGGCUUGCUUCUCGUCGGUGCUUUCGCCACUGGGGUGCCGGCUUUCCAGGCUGCGCAAAGCCUUUCGGAACUGCUGAGCGUAUACGAUUUGGGCGCUGAUAUGCUGCCAAACGUUGACGUCCUGAAGGGGCUGGUGAAGUACCUGGCGCCAUUUGUCCAUGAUCUGGGGUUCUCCAAGGUCCUUCAGCACAUCACGCACGUUUGUGAGAGUGCCAUCAAAAUCGAAAAUUACUCUGAAAGAUCAGUUAUCAGAGAGAUAGGAUCGCCGAAGAUUCUGGCUGCUGCUGUCAAACAACUCGUCUACACAUCACAGCUGCACCAAGACCACUAUAUGAUUCUAAAAGUCCGUGGAUCAUGGCUUCCCGCUUUCGCGAGUCACUUGCUGGGAAUGUCAGUUGAGCUCAGAUGCCGUGAUAAGACCAUAUGGGCGAGUGGUGGAGACAAUGGCACCAUUUCCAGCGUCUCUUACCAUUGUCGAAAGAGCACCUGA